GAUGCCAGGGCCGGGGCGCCGGGCGGCCGCCAGCAGGAAGAUGAAGGGCUCGGCGGGAGGAAGGAGAGAAAAGCUGCUGGGCUCUCCGAAAGCUCAGCCCGGCCAGGAUUCCACAUGUGCACAAGAUGGAGAGAGUGAGGCUGAGUUUUUACCUGACGACUUUGAAGAAAAGCCAGAAAGAGAAAAGAAACAUACCAACUUCACCUUGUGUAAUGUGUGUAACAUUCAGCUGAAUUCGGCUGCUCAAGCCCAAAUCCACUACAACGGCAAAUCGCAUCAAAAGAGAUUAAAACAACUCAGCAACGGGAUGGCGAAAAAUGACAAUGGUGGUACGUGCCAGAGCCCUGCUCUCCCAGCCCUGGUCCGCCCACCAGCCCCUCCUCUGCAACCGUCGCUGGACAUUAAACCGUUUCUUCCCUUUCCUCUUGACACUGCGGCCGCAGUCAACCUCUUCCCCAAUUUUAAUGCGAUGGACCCGAUUCAGAAAGCGGUAAUAAAUCAUACUUUCGGGGUUCCUCUUCCUCAUCGAAGAAAGCAAAUCAUAUCAUGCAACAUUUGCCAGUUGAGAUUUAAUUCCGAUAGCCAGGCUGCGGCCCACUACAAAGGCACGAAACAUGCCAAGAAGCUCAAAGCACUGGAAGCCAUGAAAAAUAAGCAGAAAUCUGUCACUGCCAAGGACAGCGUAAAGACUGCCUUCACCUCCAUCACUACCAAUACCAUCAAUACCAGCUCUGACAAAACAGACAGCACCACAGGGACACCAGCAAUAUCGACGACAACUGUGGAAGUUCGCAAAAGCAGUGUUAUGACAACUGAGAUCACCUCCAAAGUGGAGAAAAGCCCCACGACAGCCCCUGGCAAUAACUCGUGUCCUUCCGCGGAGACCGAGGAAGAAAAGGCGAAACGGCUCCUCUACUGUUCGCUAUGCAAGGUCGCCGUCAACUCCGCGUCUCAGCUGGAGGCUCACAACAGUGGUACUAAGCACAAAACCAUGCUCGAAGCCCGGAACGGAAGCGGGACGAUCAAAGCCUUCCCUCGUGCGGGUGUGAAAGGCAAAGGACCAGUUAGUAAGGGGAAUACAGGCCUGCAGAACAAAACGUUUCACUGUGAAAUCUGUGAUGUGCACGUCAACUCGGAAACACAACUUAAACAGCACAUUAGCAGUAGAAGACACAAAGACAGAGCUGCUGGGAAGCCCCCGAAACCCAAAUACAGUCCUUACAACAAACUGCAGAAAGCAGCACAUCCACUGGGGGUCAAAUUAGUAUUUUCAAAAGAACCUUCCAAGCCAUUGGCUCCGCGAAUCCUCCCGAACCCGCUGGCCGCAGCGGCGGCGGCUGCUGCGGUGGCCGUGAGCGCCCCCUUCAGUCUGCGAACUGCUCCUGCAGCCACGCUCUUCCAGACGUCGGCCCUGCCGCCCGCGCUGCUGCGCCCGGCGCCCGGGCCCAUUCGGACCGCCCACACCCCCGUGCUGUUCGCUCCCUACUGAGUUCCACGCGGGCGUCCUUGUACUGCAAUAAUUUUUUUUUUCCCAAAAAACACACAACAGAACAAACAAAAGAGAACUAUGCAGUGUUUAUUUAUAGUUUAAAGUAUCUCUGAAGAGCCAGGACUUUUGAUAGUGAAUUGAAAAGAUGAUUAAAA